AUGACCGAGUCGUACCGAUCGUCGAUGUACCUCUUCCAGCACUCGUUUUGCAGUUCGGUUGUAUUGGCUUUUUGUUUGCUCAACGGCACGCUUGCGUUCUUAUUCGCAUUCAUGAUAGAUUCUGGCGCACUUGCAGCGUUCGCAGUACCUGCAGUGGAGCGGGGGUGGGUGGUAAGUGAAAAGGCCACGGCGUGCCGACGAGCCGGGGGUUUGUUCAUGUUGUUGUCGGUAUUGGUGUUAGUAGCACCGUCUUUGAGGUGGCUGCGCGGGCCGUGUCGUCUUCUUUCCUCACGGUUACGGUACCGUCUGCACUGGGGUUAUCGAACUUUUCUAUCGAAUGAUUGCCAAGAUGUUGCAAGCAGUAGGUGCAGUGAUGGUGAUUGCGAGAUGCUUGAAGUGUAG